ACUCACCCUGAUUCGCCAUUUGCUAUUUCCAUUUAAUUAUGUGGGUGCAACAACCCUGACGCAAAUCCCAUCUCAUGCUUACAGUCCAGAGCUCGUGUUCACACCGGAGAAAAGUCGUCGUUCCACUCCUGCGGUCACCUUCAUCAUCCUGACGCUGAUCUUGAUGUACUCAUAUCACAGAGCUUUCAACUUUUUCCGUAUAUCCAUUCGCUUGAGUUGUUUGACUUCUGGCCCUGAAUCUUAAAAGGUUUCUUGAGCUCCUGCUUGCAUUUGUGCUGGACUUGAGGGAAAGAGGAUGCUGAAGCUGAGAAUUCCCAUAUCUGCUCUCGUCCUUUCAUGCUGCUACUUUGUGUACCUAGUCGAAGCGGAGGUCACCGCUCCGUCAGAAGUCAAUGCACUAAUUGCCGUGAAGAGCAGUCUAAUUGACCCUAUGAAACACCUUGCAAAUUGGAAGAAGGGGGAUCCAUGCACAUCUAACUGGACGGGAGUUAUAUGCUUUGAUACCUUUGGAACUGAUGGUUAUAUGCAUGUGUGCAAGAUCCAACUGCUGAACAUGAAUCUUUCUGGAAGUUUAGCUCCUGCUGUUGGGCAGUUAUCUCAACUUCUAAUUUUAGACUUCAUGUGGAAUGAGUUAACCGGCAGCAUACCAAAGGAGAUAGGAAGUAUUGCGUCCCUGAGACUCUUGCUUUUGAACGGAAACAAGCUAUCUGGAUCUUUACCUGAUGAGCUUGGCCAUCUCUCAAACUUGAAUAGACUUCAAGUGGACCUGAAUCAAUUAUCAGGUCCAAUACCAAAAUCAUUUGCUGGCUUGAGUAGUAUGAGACACCUCCAUUUGAAUAAUAACACGAUAAGUGGUCACAUUCCAGCUGAGCUUUCCAGCAUAUCCACGCUUCUUCACUUGCUUUUGGACAAUAACAACUUAUCUGGAUAUCUUCCACAAGAGUUCUCACUCUUGCCAGACUUGCGCAUACUUCAACUUGACAAUAACAACUUCGAGGGCACUGAAAUACCAGCUUCUUAUGGGAAUUUCUCCAGAUUAGUAAAAUUGAGUCUUCGAAAUUGCAGUUUGGAGGGAUUGAUUCUUGAUCUUAGCCAGAUACCAAAUCUUAGCUUUUUAGAUCUUAGCCAUAAUCGGCUUAGUGGGCCUAUACCAUCAAACAAGCUCUCUGAUAACAUAACAACCAUCGAUCUAUCAAAUAACCUUCUUAAUGGAUCUAUUCCAGCAAGUUUUUCCGAUCUUCCCUCUCUACAAAGACUGUCACUGGAGAAUAACAGCUUGACAGGUUCUGUCCCUGCAAACAUUUGGCAGAAUAUGACCUUCACUCCAAGCGAGAUGCUUAUAAUUGAUCUUCAAGAGAAUUCAUUCUCAGAUGUGGUAGGAGAUCUUAAUCCUCCAGAGAAUGUCUCUCUAAGGCUUGGAGGCAAUCCUGUCUGCAGUAAACGGAAUAUAACGAAUAUUAGCCAAUUUUGUGCGAAUGAGGGUGGUGACGAUGGGACACGUGGCAACUCAGUGAAUUCAACAAAUUGUCUUACUCAAGCAUGCCCUACAGAUAAUUUCUUUGAAUAUGUUCCAGCAUCGCCUGUGCAAUGCUUCUGCGCAUCGCCCCUGAGAAUCGGAUACCGACUGAAGAGUCCCAGCUUCUCUUAUUUCCCUCCUUAUGAGGAUUCAUUUGAAGUGUACGUAACCAGUUAUCUUAACAUGGAACUAUACCAAUUGCAUAUUGAUUCGUAUGCCUGGGAAGUAGGACCACGGAUGAGGAUGUAUUUGAAGCUUUUCCCAGUUGUUAAUGGUCCGACUACAUUUAAUGCAAGCGAGGUUCAGCGAAUAAGAGGCAUCUUCACAUCGUGGAAAUUUCCUGGAGAUGACUUAUUUGGACCAUAUGAACUUCUCAACUUUACUCUUCUGGGACCUUAUUCAACUAUGAUUCUUCCAAAUCAGAAGACAAAUAUCAGUAAAGGAAUAUUGGUGGCCAUAGUAUUAUCAUCUAUUGCCUGUGUUGUUGCAAUCUCUGCCAUGAUUACUCUUUUCAUUGCAAGGAAGACCAGAUAUCAGCCUUCGCUGUCAAGGAAGAAUCUAUCCUCAAAGGUAUCUAUGAAGCUUGAAGGUGUGAAAGCCUUCACUUUUAGAGAAAUGGCAGUCGCAACUGACAACUUCAAUAGAUCGACUCAAGUUGGGCAAGGAGGUUAUGGAAAAGUUUAUAAAGGAAAUUUAUAUGACAACACAGUCGUAGCCAUAAAGCGUGCAGAAGAAGGAUCGUUACAGGGACAAAAAGAAUUUUUGACAGAGAUAAAACUGUUGUCAAGGUUACAUCAUCGGAACCUAGUGUCGUUGGUGGGAUAUUGUGAUGAAGAAGGGGAACAGAUGUUAGUAUACGAGUUUAUGCCCAACGGUACUCUGCGGGAUUGGAUUUCUGGGAAAGCUAAGGAUUACCUUAACUUCAGUAUGAGGCUGCGUGUCGCGUUGGGGUCUGCUAAGGGCAUUCUUUACCUCCAUACAGAAGCAAACCCUCCGGUAUUUCACCGAGACAUUAAGGCCAGUAACAUUCUCUUGGACUCCAAGCUUACUGCCAAAGUUGCUGACUUUGGACUAUCACGGCUCGCCCCUGUCCUAGAUGAUGAGGGGACCGUGCCCCAUCAUGUGUCUACAAUUGUUAAAGGGACUCCUGGAUACCUCGACCCAGAAUAUUUCCUGACGCACAAGUUGACUGAUAAAAGUGAUGUCUAUAGUCUUGGGGUCGUAUUUCUGGAGCUAUUGACAGGAAUGCAACCGAUAUCGCAUGGAAAGAAUAUUGUCAGAGAGGUGAACAUGGCGCAUCAAGCAGGCAUGAUGUUCUCUAUUAUAGACAGCAGAAUGGGUUCUUACCCUUCGGAAUGUGUCGAGAGGUUCGUCGCUCUGGCCCUCAUGUGUUGCCACGACAAACCAGAGAAGCGGCCAUCCAUGUUGGACGUGGUGAGGGAGCUGGAGAGCAUACUCAAAAUGAUGCCCGACGCCGACGCCAUACUUUCUGAGACGACUUCCAUUUAUUCAGGCACGUCACUUCCGUCAUCUUCAACUUUUAUGAGCCGGGACCCGCAUAUUUCAUCAAGCGUCUCGGGAAGUGAUCUGAUAAGCGGGGUUGUACCAACCGUUACACCUCGAUAGUGGUGCGAAUUUUGAGAGAUGUGUAUAUUCCUUAAGUGAAU